AUGGCCAACACCCUCCUCUUUCUGUUCCGUGUCAUCAAGUUCCUCUGUGACAAGAGGCUCAAGAGCACGGACUGGAUCAUUCGUCGCUUGGCCCUGACCCACCUACUGAUGCUGGGUGAUGUCACAUGUAAAUCAGUUGCCUACUUGUACAGGUUGAUGAGGGGCCUGUCCAUUUCUGCCACCUGCUUGCUGAGUGUCCUGCAGGCCCUCACCCUCAGCCCCAGAAGCUUCCCCUUGGCAAAGUUCAAGCCUAAGUCCCCACAGAACAUCAUAGGAGCUACUUCAUCAGACAUUUAUUUACAAACCUGGGUGUUUUGGGAUGUCCUUCUUAUAGGGCUCAUGGCCCUCUCCAGUGGGUACAUGGUGGCCCUCUUGUGCAGGCAUAAGAGGCAGUGCCAGCACCUUCACAGCACCAGCCUGUCCCCAAGAGCCUCCUCAGAACAAAGGGCCACUGGGACCAUCCUGGUGCUCCUGGGUUUCUUCAUGCUCAUGUACUCUUUGGACAGCAUGGUCUUCUCCUUAAGAACCAUGUGGGAAAAUGACCCUGUUUGUCCUUGUAUCCAGAUGAUGGUGGCCAACGGCUAUGCCACAGUCAUCCCUUUGGUUUUCAUCUGCACUGAAAAACAAAGUGCCACCUUUUUGAAAUGCUUGUGGCAGAAGAAUCGCCAAUGCUUAAUCAUUGCAUGA